ACUAAUUAGUUGGUGUAAUAUUUUUUUCCUUUAGUGCACAUAUCAUGUAUAGUGUUGAAUAGUGAUUGUGCGAGAUAUUUCACUCUCUCUGGUUAACCUGGUUCUGUAGUUCCUUCUUUCUUUCCGUCUCUCACUCUCUCUGGAACAAAACGAUGACAAGCCAACCCCCAAAGAACCCGGAGACAAUCUAUGAUCUCACUGUUAAGGAUGCUCAAGGAAAUGAUGUAGACCUUAGCAUUUACAAGGGAAAAGUUCUGCUCAUCAUCAAUGUUGCUUCCAAAUGUGGACUGACCAACUCAAACUACGCUGAGUUGAAUCAAUUGUAUGAGAAGUAUAAAGAUCAAGGCUUUGAGAUUCUGGCAUUUCCAUGCAACCAAUUUGGUGCGGAAGAACCAGGAACUAAUGAAGAGAUUACAGAAUUUGUCUGCACUCAAUUCAAGUCGGAAUUUCCAAUUUUUGACAAGAUUGAAGUCAAUGGUGACAAUACCGCUCCAGUAUACAAAUUCUUGAAAGCAGGGAAGUGGGGAUUUUUUGGAGACAAUAUUCAAUGGAACUUUUCCAAGUUCUUGGUGGACAAGAAUGGGAAAGCAGCCGAUCGGUAUUACCCCACCACACCUCCACUUGGCCUUGAGCAUGGCAUAAAGAAGCUCUUGGGGGUUGAUUGUUGAUGUGUGAAGGUGUAAUUUAACUUUUUUUAGGAGUUUAUGAGAAGGCAUACUAAAAUCUCCCCGAAAAUUAAUGUUGUCUAUUUUCCAAUAUAUAUUAUUAAUAUAGCUAAAGUUAAACCCUGAAAAUUUGCUCUGAGGUAAAGAACUAAUUUACAAAUGUGAGUUUAAGUGAAAUUAUUGUCUUCCGUUAA